CCCAUGACUGUUUGAAUUAAAAGCGGCAGACGCCGAUAGAGAGGCAUGCAUGCCACCUCGAUAAUAAUAGGAUAUAUUACUACAACAUAGUUGUUCAUUACUGACUUAAGAUGGGGCUUGUGUUACCUUGACUAUUUUAAGUGAAAACUUCAGAAUAGCCAGGAUAUAACGGAUAAGUUACAGCAUUACGUUAGCAAACCACUGUUGCCAUCAAAAUGCCUAUUCGGGCUUACUGCACCAUCUGUUCGGAUUUCUUUGACCACACCAGAGACGUGGCUGCCAUCCACUGCGGACAUACUUUCCAUUAUGACUGUCUGCUACAGUGGUUUCAGACAGCUCCUAACAAAACGUGUCCCCAGUGCAGGAAACAGGUGAGCACUAAACACAUCAUCAACAAGUUGUUUUUUGACAUUGGAGGAGAAGAGGAAGGAGGUUCAGUGGAUCCAGAGAAUUUACAGAAUGAGCUGGGCCGUUUGAGGGCUGUCUUGAGUACGAAAGAGCGAGACUGCCGUGACAAACAGAAGCUUAUUGAGAACUUAAAACAGAUAGCGGAGAAGCUAAAGCAGGAAUCGGAACGUCUGAAGAAAGACAUUGGAGAUAAGGAAAUGGUCUGCUCAGUUUUACGGAAAGAGCUGAGGAACCUGGAGAAGCAACAUCUGGACAGCCAAGCAGCCAAGGAAGAGGCGCGUCAGCUACGGGUCAGACUGAAGACCUACGAGAGUUUAGAUACAGUACUGCAGGGCCAGAGGGAUGAGGUGGAGGCCAUGAUCUCUGACAUGGGAGUCGGCCAGUCAGCUGUGGAGCAGCUCUCAAUCUACUGCGUCUCACUCAAGAAGGAGUAUGACAGCCUGAAAAGUAGCUUCCGCUCCACCAAUGAGAUGUGUGAGAAACUCAGGAGGGAGGUGUUCAUUUCCAACAACAAGUUGCAGAAGGCCAAUAUGGAGGUAAACCAGACUAAAGAGGAUAUGCUCGCUGCCCAGAAGGACCUGACUAAUGCUGACAAAGAAAUCACAAGUCUGAAGAAGAAAGUGGAGAUCCUACAGAAGACCCUCAGCACACCCUCCCGCACCAACGAUGCAAUUAGCCGACUGGUGUUUGAGAGUCCUGCCCCUCUGGAACUGAAGCCGUGCCUCCAUCGGCCAGAGCACGAUCAGGACAUUGACCUAAACCUGACUUUUGACGUGCCGACACCUGAGCAAACUGAGCGCAAGCCCUCACACAGCCAUGCACCUGCCAAGAAGAUGCGCCUAGACUCCACAGGAUCGUCACCACACCAUUCAGAGAAUUCUUCUGAGACCAAGAAAUCCCACGUGAAAGAUCCCACCGAUCCGUUUUUACGGCACUCUCUUCUGUUCAGGAAGAAAGCAUUUGGAAGCAUGCUGGAUCCCCAUAGCAAACCUGGAGUGGUGAGGACCGGGUAUGAUGGCCUUGGAGGAAGGACCAAAUUUAUUCAGCCUUCUCCACUGGCUGGGCUUCGGCCGCUGGCUGUUAAGGCGAAGAGGAAGAAGGUUUCCCGUCCACCAAUGGGAAGGCUUCCCACCAGUCUGACACUUGACAACUUCCUGGAGUGAGCAAGGACAUGGCCUGUGGGCAGGCCUGACACAGAGGACAUGCGCACGGGAGUCUGGCUUGCAUAUGGGCAAGUGCAAGCGUACAGUACAGGGGCACUUGUGUAUGUGUGUGUGUGUGUGUGUGUGUGUAUGCGUCUGUAUGUUUAUGAUUCAUCAACUACACAAAACAGCUGUAGUCCUCAGCAGUAUGAUGUUUUCCUUUUUACAUUAUGUGACCCAAAUAGUAGUUGACCCUGAAACGGAUCUGACACAUAACCACACUGUAACAGGACGGAGUCCUUUUUGGUGUUUACUGCUAUUCGUGGAUGUCAGGUGAUGAGCAAGCAUGUUAGUCCUGACCAUGCACAGAAUGAUCAUCUGUUAUUCAAAGUAGAUUUUUUUUUUAAUUUAAUGUCUGUCAACCAUGCAUUGAUUGUAGAUAUUUAUAUAUAUAUGAAUUGUACAGCUGUUAGAGUUUUAAUAAAGUAGGUUUUUUUU